CAUUACCUUAGCCCACUUCGCAUUGCACAUUCAUCCCGGCCGGUGCUAAAAUAGCUUGAGUGUGCGAAUUCGUAUUAAUUUACGACAAUUUUUUUUUUGUGAUCAAUUGUGUAAAUAGUGGCAAAGGUAUUAUAACAAGAUGGCUGACGGUUUCCUCACACCAAAAGUUGGUUUUGCCACUCUUGCUAUUCACGCUGGCCAAGAGCCGGAAAAAUGGAACUCUGCAGCUGUUGUUCCACCUAUUGUAACAUCCACGACAUUCAAGCAACCGGCGCCGGCUGAACACACGGGAUUUGAAUAUGGAAGAUCUGGAAAUCCCACAAGGAACACUUUAGAAGAGUGCCUUGCAGCAUUAGAUGGAGGAAAGCAUGGUUUAGCUUUUUCUUCUGGACUAGGAGCUACAACUGUACUGGUAUCGUUACUAAGCCAUGGAGAUCAUGUAAUUUCUAGCGAUGACCUCUAUGGUGGUACCAACAGAUUGUUCAGAAACGUAUUCCAGAAAAUGAAUGUAGGAGUAUCCUUUACGGACUUUACUAAAAUUGACGAAGUAGAAAAAGAAAUUAAACCGAACACUAAGAUGAUUUGGAUAGAAACUCCAACAAACCCACUUCUGAAAGUGAUCGAUAUUAAGGCUAUUACAAAUCUUGCUAAAAGUAAAGGAAACAUAAUUGUAGUUGUUGACAAUACUUUCCUUACACCGUACUUGCAAAGGCCUCUGGAUUUUGGCGCAGAUGUUGUUGUUUACUCCUUGACAAAAUACAUGAAUGGGCAUUCUGACGUUAUAAUGGGAGCAGCAAUUGUUAACGAUGACGAAUUGGGGAAUAAACUUCGCUUUUUACAAAACGCUUUGGGAGUCGUUCCGUCGCCAAUGGAUUGCUAUUUAGUCAACAGGAGUUUGAAAACUCUAGCUUUACGCAUGGAGCACCACAAGAAGUCAUCUCUACUUAUAGCAAAGUGGCUCGAAAAUCACGCACAAGUGACCGAAGUUUUGCAUCCAGGUCGUCCAUCGCACCCACAGCACGAAAUUGCCAAAAAGCAGACAAGUGGUCAUUCAGGGGUGUUCAGUUUUAAACAUUCCGGUGGCUUGAAGGAGUCGCGUAAAUUUUUAAGUUCCUUGAAAGUAUUUAUCUUAGCUGAAAGUUUGGGAGGAUAUGAAAGUUUGGCUGAGUUACCGUCUGUUAUGACUCAUGCAUCAGUACCUGCAGAGCAAAGAGCUCAACUUGGAAUCACGGAUUCUUUAAUCAGGCUUUCAGUUGGACUGGAAGACACUGAAGAUCUUAUUGCUGACUUAGAUCAAGCUUUUAAAGCAACGUUCUAAUAGCUACGUGUGAUAUUAAUCUUAAGUAAUUCAUCACAGUUUUAUUUAUUUACUUUUGUUAUUUUUAUCUCAUUUAUCAAAUCUAAAUCAAUGUUAAAAUUAGUUUAUGUUCCUUAUCGGUUUUAAUGUGCAUUUACAUAAUAAUUAAUAUUUGUUAGAAUCUGGAGAAAAUGAUACGUAUAAAUUAUGAAUAUUGUUUAUUUUAUUAAAAGUAAUAGUAUGAUUUUAUAACCAGCAUUCUUUUCGGUCUCUACCAAGUAUUACAAGUAUGAAUCUUUGUCACUUGUUUCAUAUUCCAGCGAACAUUGCUUAGACUACACAAUGAAUGAAUUAACAUAAGUCAAGUGAGGUUAACAAAUCAGUUCAAAUAAGGUUAACUUGGUGCAUUUGUUGAGGCUUUCGUUUUUAUUGCGUGUCAAAUGGUCUGUUGUUCGCUACCUCAUAUAGUAUAAUUGUUAAACUAUAUUUAAAAUAUUUAUUAUAUCAUGACACUGACGAGAGUUGAAUAUGUAGGUGAGGUUUUAUGUCUGUUAAAAAUAUAUUUUUACAAUCAUAAACACUUAUUGCUUUAAA